AGUCAUUUAUCGAUGGCAAGUUGGUCACCUUGUUCUACACGUUCUAUAUCACCAUGUGGUACUCCUUUACAGUUGAAAGGCUCAUGGGCAUCGGAUAUUGUUUAUUUACCGCAUAGCCUAGAAAGAACUAUAAAAAUCGCGAAAGGUCCAUUAUCACUCGGACUGGUAUUAGAUGCUGAUGCGGAUAAAGGAAUAAAUGGUUGUAAGGUGAAAAAUAUUUGUAACAAAAAAGCAGUAGGAAGGGAUGGUCGAGUACAGGUUGGCGAUUACAUUGUAAAAAUUAAUGCUGAAAGCUUAAGGAAUGUUACAAAUUCUCAAGCACGUGCAAUACUGAAAAGGACAAAUUUAAUUGGCACGAACUGCAAUAUUGUAUAUAUAACAUCAACUGAUGCGAAAAUAUGGAGAGAGCGAUAUCAUCAGGACAGCGAAAUGCAAAUGCCAGUUAUCAAUAGGUUAUCACCAAAAAUCUUUCCUAAAUAUUAUCGUAGUCCAUUUGUGGCACGACGUGAGCAUAGUUCAGUCGAACAUACCGAAUCAUUCGAUAGCGAUAUUGUAAGUUCGGAUGCAAUGGAUAGCCGAAAUGAAGUACCACAACCUAUUUUUCAAGUUCGCCCUCAAUUGCGACACGCUGGUUCCAUUGUUGACGGUAGCGAAAUAGAAAAAUUUUCCUAUGAUAUUGUGCUGGUGAGUUUAUUUCUUAUUUUUCUCCAUUUUUUUUUUUUAUAA